UUCGCAGAAUGCGGGUGGGAAAAAAUGACCCACAUGAUUUCCUUUCCUGCUUCCGCCAUCUGUAUUUAUGGAAAAAUGGCGGCGCAAACAGACCGCGGUGUUCCACUGAGUACGCUUUGUCCCAAGUAUCUUCAUACCAACUCUACCAGCCACACCUGGCCCUUCAGUGCUAUCGCUGAGCUCAUAGACAAUGCCUACGAUCCAGAUGUAAGUGCCAAACAGUUCUGGAUUGAUAAGACUAUGAUCAAUAAAGAGGAAUGCCUCAGCUUCAUGGAUAAUGGAAACGGACUGGACCAUGAAACAAUGCAUAAAAUGCUCAGCUUUGGGUACAGUGACAAGACUGCUGUAAAUGGCAUAGAGCCGAUUGGAAUGUAUGGCAAUGGUUUCAAGUCUGGAUCCAUGCGACUUGGCAGAGACGCCAUUGUCUUUUCCAAGUCGAAGAACGCCUCAUGUGUUGGGAUGCUCUCUCAGACCUACCUGGAAGAGAUCGAGGCUAAGCAAAUAGUUGUACCCAUUGUCCUCUUUGAGCAGACGGGAGCUAAAAAGUUCAAUGUAAGAGAGGAGCACAAAGCCAGUCUGCAGGACAUCCUGCGUUAUUCUCCUUUCAAGACAGAGGCAGAGCUGCUCACUGAAAUCAAUGCCAUCAGUACCUCUUGGUCCACGGGGACAACUGGCACAAGAAUCAUCAUCUGGAAUCUCCGCAGCACAUCCACUGGAUCAACAGAAUUUGAUUUUCAGACAAACCGUUAUGAUAUCAGAAUUCCAUCUGAUGUCUAUGAGGAAAUCAGUAGGACUCCUCAAAAUGCAGAGAACAUCACUUCAUACAUCCCUGAGAGUGUAUACUCACUGCGGGCAUAUUGCAGUAUUUUGUACCUGAAGCCUCGGAUGCAGAUCAUCAUACGUGGUCAAAAGGUGAAAACUCAGCUCAUUGCGAAGAGUCUGGCCUACAUCAGAAAGGACCACUACAAGCCGAAUUUCCUGGUGAACAAACGCAUUCCUAUCACUUUUGGUUAUAACACCAAAAGUAAAGACCAGUAUGGCAUUAUGAUGUAUCACAAAAAUCGUCUCAUCAAAGCCUACGAACGCGUGGGCUGCCAGCUCAAGGCCAACAACAAAGGCGUUGGGGUCAUCGGGGUCAUAGAGUGUAACUUUCUGGAUCCUACCCACAACAAACAGAGCUUUAUUGAGUCUGAUAAGUCCAGGAAAACUAUGAACAAUUUGGGGGUCAAACUGGAAGAGUACUGGAAUGAAAUGCGCUACACAAAGACCAAAGAGAAUCCAAACAGCGCCAUACCAGUGGAAGAUACCAUGAAGCGCCCAGAUCAAAACUGGGUGCAAUGUGAUAACUGCUUGCGCUGGCGGAAACUCCCUGAUGGGAUCGAUACCAACAAGCUGCCAGAUAAAUGGUUCUGCCAAUUGAAUCCUGAUCCUCAGUUCAGGAGCUGCCAGGUAGAAGAGGAGCCUGAGGACUCUGAUGAUGACCAACCUUCGUACCGCAAGACCUACAAACAACAAGAGAAAGAGGACAAGAGGAAACAAGAGACAAAAAGACAAAGGACAGAGGAAGAACGAAGGCGUCGGGAAGAGCAACAUUUGGCUAAUCUUGCCAAGCAAAACACGCCUCUUAGACAGCAAAAGGUACCGCUGAAACAGCAGCUGCAUGAAACAACUGUCCGUCCACCCUCCACUCCCACUACCCCAAGGAGCAGGUUUAACACUGAGUCACCACAAGGGGGUACUGCAAGGGCUGCAUCCUCUCCACAGGGGUCCUCUACCAUUUCCCAAGCUGCCUGCAGCCCCUCCAGUAACAAUGGUCUUCCAAUUAUUACUAGUGUAUGCUCCCUGUCAUCAGCCCCCCUGAGGGGAAAAAGAUUGCAGCCCAAUACUCCACAAGGAACGCCCAAAAGACCGAGAGUAAAUGGCUUCCAUAGAGGCACCUCAGAUGCAUCCUCAUCAGUAGACGUGAGACCACCGAGCUCCCCGUCAGUCAUCAAUGAGAACGAUGAUACUGAUGAUACUGAUGACGACAUAUUCAUCUUGGAGACUGCCAGUACCCCCAAGCCAAAAAAGCCAGGUUCUGAUGUGUCUAGAGUGGAGAUCAAGCGUGAGCAAAGUGAUUCGAAUGUGGGCAUGCUGAUGGAGUGUAACGAUGACGCCGCUGUGGAUGACGCCCCUGAGACAAACGCUGCCGGAACAGGCUCGUCAGAGUCGGCAGCUGCGGGAACUGGUCCCUCCCCAGCACCGCCUCCUGAGAUGGCCAGCAUCACCACCCAGACAGAAGCCCCCAAAAUAAAGGUGGAGAGUCAAACUGAAGGAGGGGAGAGAUCAGGGCAGGGUACAUCUAAUGAGCGUGGCGAACAACUGAGUUCAGAUAUCAAUGUUUACAGCGCUGAACAAAGAUUAAUUAAGCAAGAGAGUAACGACGACACUCACAGUGAGAACAAAGGAAAGCAGACCUUACAGAAUGGAGUGAAACAUUGGGAUCGUGACAAAGAUGCUGGUUCUUCCUGUGCAGAUGCCACUGACAAUCAGCCUUCUCCACCACACUUCCCCAGUAUGACUGAGGUUCAGGAACAGCAAGAUCAGCUCCUGGAGCUCAUGCAGGCUACAGCUCAGGAGAGAGACUCUUUCAAAGAGCAGGUCCGUCAACUUACCUGCCAGCUGAAAGACACGCAGAGCAGACUGCAGGAGCUGUCUCAGAUCAAUGUGAAGAAGGAGUGUUCUCACCAGUCCAACCAAACAGAGGAAACAGGGGAUGGGAAGGACUACAAAAGUCUGUUUGAGAAGGCCAAACAGAAAAUCAAUGAAUUGAUUAAGGACAAAGAGGUUUUCCUGGCAACUACUGAGGCCAAGCCCAGUACUUCCCAAUGUGAAGAAAAGGACAUUGAUGAGAUUGCACUGCAAGUUGACCAUCUGGUACGGGAACUGGAUCAAAGAAACAAGGAAAGGGAUGAACUGCAGUCACAGUUGGACAGUCUGGAGGAGGAAAAGGCGAGGCUGGCAUUGCAGUGUGAAGAGCUCAGGUUAAGCCUCCAGCAGCAGAGGGAAAACGCACAGAAAGGAAGCACAGCUCCACUCAGAACCAGUGACUCCUCUGUACAGUCAGAUCCAGGAGAGGCAGAAGGGACAGCAGACUCUGGCGCAGCUUCAAGUUCAGACACAUCCAGAAGUUUGAUUGAGCUACGUCAGAACAUCGGACGGCUGCUUGUCCGCUAUGUGCCGGCUCUGGACCUGGCCCAAGUGAAUUAUGAAUGUAACGUACUUGAUGAGAUCCUAGAACAAGUUCUCUCCGAUAUAGAGACUGGAGAGGGAUGGAGCGAGAAAUGAAUGGAAUCUGGUUUAUGUUGAAAAUUAUUUUGUACUAUAUUCUGUUUCUUCUCAUAAUCCGAAUGUAAUUCAAAUAUAUUUUUAUAUUUCCA